AUGGGCGUGGCCAACCGUGGCGGCGCCGCAGCCCUCCCCGGAGCUGGCCGCUGUCCGCCGCUCGCUGCACUCGGCCUUGGACCUCGAGGCGCCCCUUGGCGGCAAGCUGCUGUUCACGCCGCCGCCGGGCCCGUGCGGCGCCAGCGCCGCCGCCAGCGAGCCCCGGGCGAGCCCCGGGCGGCCGGCCUGCGGCGCC